CUUCUAUUUUCUCCCUCCCCUCCAUCUGCUGUGAUUGGACUACUUUAUUUUAAUAAUGAAAUUCACACAAAAUGAACUCUAAAUUCACAUGAAAUGCACACGGCCGUCUCCACGUCUUCUUCCCCAAUGCUCUCAUACGAUACCACCCUCUCUGCUAUAUAUACCUGCUCAACCUCCCAACCCCAACCUAUGCCAGACAGAGAGAUCAUCUCCUAUGGACUUCAUAUAAUCACUCUCCCGCUCUCGCUCUAUUUCCCCACGAGGGUCACCGGAGAAACCCUCCCAGUCAGAUUCCGGCGAUGCUGUAAGACGGCCCACAUGGCGAAGGGUCGGAAACUGACGACCAGUCGCAGCGAACGUUUUCUCGGAAGCUUUAGUCACGGUCAAGGCCAAGACACCACCGUCGCCGACUCGUCGGAGCUUGGCGAAGAAGAUGUCUGGUCGGUGGUCGACGACGGCGUUGACCGGGAUAGCGACUGGAUACCGUGCCCCGCCGAGAGCAACGGCACCGUCGCGCCGAGGCCGCCGCGACGCGUGCCCAGGACCGACCGCCACGCGGGCGGGCUCUCGCUGGCCUUCGACGACUGCGGCAAAACGACGGCGUCGCCCAGGGUCGUGCACCAGUUCCGCAGCCAGAACAACGGCGUGACGGCGGCGCCUCAGCCACCGACGUCGCACGCUCACCACCACUUAGCCACCUCGUUGCCCGUGAACGUACCGGACUGGCAAAAGAUUCUCUGCGUCGACUCGGUGGAGUCGAUGCCUGACUCGGACGACGGCGCGGAGGAUCCCGACACGGAGUGGAUUCCCCCACACGAGUACGUGGCGCGUGAGUACGCGCGCAGCCGCGCGGCGACUUCGGUGUUCGAGGGCGUGGGUCGGACCCUCAAGGGUCGAGACAUGAGCCGGGUUCGUGAUGCGGUUUGGAGGCAAACCGGGUUCUACGGAUGAUUAAUUAUUGAUUAUUGAUAAAUAUUAGAUAUAUAAAUAUAUAUAAUUUUAUAUUUUUUUCCUCGGGCAAUGAUUCGGCCGAGUGAACUCGGUUCACCAUGCAGUGAUUGAGCCCAAGCGUGAUUCGGUUCGGGUUGAGGUCCAUGUGGUGUGUGUCGGGUUGGAAUUUCUGGUAAUGGAGCAGUCUUAUUCUAUUUGCCUGUCUGUCGUCUUGCAACUUUUUUAGAUUUGGAAUGUGCCCAUUUGAAAUUUUUAAUGAAAAAAUAUAUAUGUAUUAAUUUUUCA